GAGGAGGAGGAGGAGGAGGCGUUAUUAGAAGAGAAGGGGAAGCGGGACCCCUUGCAGAAGCACGCCCCUCCUCGCCCCCCCUCCUCCCCGCCUUCUUCAGGAACUUGGCACAACAGGAAGCGUUUUCGCUGGAAGAAAAAGAAAAAGAAGAAGAAGAAAAAGGAAAAGGGACAACCGCGGAAGAGGAACAGAAGCGAAGGCAGAAGGAAGGGAGGAAAGGACGCGGAGAAAGGAGGAGAAAGAGAAAGAGAAGAAGUGGAAGAGGAGGAGGAGGGCGACGACGACGACAAGGAACCUCUUUCGGGUCCUCGUCUCGGCUCGAAGGACCUUCAGGACGGCGGUCGAGUCGAGGGAGCGGACGAGGACGAGCUGAGGUCGACCCGAGAGCUGGUGGUGGGCCUCGCCGACGCCCUGGAGGAGCUGCUCAAGGGCGGCUUCAAGGGAGGCGAGCAGGAGGAGGAGGACAGUGUGGAAGACAUAUGCGGUGCCUGGACAGGGUGUCGUGUCGAGCGGGCAUUGCAAGAACUCGCUCAAUUGCAAUCACUGCCCUCGUGCCCCUGUGUCUACCCGGCCGACCUGGUCUACCGAGAUGCAAUACACGACCCCUUGCUGAAUGCGACUUUCAGGUGGCUGGCGGUGAGCAGAACCCGAGAGAGAACCGACGUCUACCACCGAGGCGCCGACGUCUGCAUCCGCUCUCUGCUCCUCCCACGCCCGCGCUCGCUCGCCGCCCAGACCUGCUGCUACAGUAGGGACCGCCACCUCCUAACCCGGGGCAGUGGGGCGGGGAGUCCAGCGCUGGUGAGUCCUGAGGUGAAUCCUGCUCUCCAUCGCAAAGUGGACAUCCUUCCCUGGCUGGCCUGUCGAGGAAACUUUCUCAGGUAUCAAGCAGUUCGUCCCCCAAACAAUGGUCGCCACUGCUACACGAAUCCAGAUGACGCGGUUUAUCAGCAACAAAUUUACAUGGCUACUGAUUACUAAUCAGGAUUGGUCUGUUGAUUUACACACACACACACACAC